CUGUUAUUAACAUUCCCAUAAAGCAACAAAGCUUCUAGUUACUACUAUUUGCACCGAAACCUUCUGCAAUUCUCUGUGUCUUCCUCUCACAGAAACAGAAACCAAAGUGCAGUAGUCCGGCCCUAAGCUUCCCGACACCGUGAAUCCCUUUUUCUAUAAGAUAUCAAUGUAUGUUACUGCAUUGAGAAGGUGAUUUUGGAAGGUGAUUUGCUCGAACUCUACUCUUUUGGGAUAAUGGCUUCUGGGUUAAGGGAUUCAAGGGGAAAUACAGUUGGCGUUGAUUGGUUGCACGACAAGAUGAAUGACAUGAAAAUUUGGGGCGACAAGGAAACGGAGACAACUGUUAUUGAUGGAAAAGGGACGGAGGCAGGCCAUAUAAUUGUCACAUCUAUCAGUGGAAACUAUGGCGAGCCAAAACAGACGAUAAGCUACAUGGCUGAGCGUGUUGUAGGGAAUGGCUCCUUUGGAGUAGUAUUCCAGGCAAAGUGCUUAGAGACUGGUGAAACUGUUGCCAUAAAAAAGGUUCUUCAAGACAAGAGGUACAAGAAUCGGGAGUUACAGAUCAUGAGAUUUCUAGACCACCCCAAUGUUGUGUGCUUGAAGCACAGCUUCUUGUCAAAAACCGAAAAGGAUGAGCUCUAUCUAAACCUUGUGCUGGAGUAUGUACCUGAGACUGUCUAUCGGGUGAUCAGAAACUACAAUAAGAUGCAUCAUAGGAUGCCAUUGAUAUACGUAAAAGUUUACUUUUACCAGAUAUGUAGGGCGCUUGCAUACAUUCAUAAUUGUGUUGGAGUCUGUCACAGGGAUGUAAAGCCUCAAAAUCUACUGGUCAAUCCACAUACCCACCAAGUUAAACUCUGUGACUUCGGAAGUGCAAAAGCCUUGGUAACAGGGGAGACAAAUAUAUCUUACAUCUGUUCCAGGUACUACCGAGCGCCUGAACUGAUAUUUGGUGCAACUCAGUACAACACAGCCAUAGACAUGUGGUCUGCUGGCUGUGUUCUAGCUGAAUUAUUGCUUGGAGAGCCUCUCUUUUCUGGUGAGCGUGCAGUAGACCAGCUUGUGGAAAUAAUUAAGGUUUUAGGUACCCCAACAAGAGAGGAAAUUAAGUGCAUGAAUCCUAACUACACCGAGUUUAAGUUCCCUCAAAUUAAAGCUUACCCAUGGUACAAGAUAUUCAACAAGCGUGUCCCUCCUGAAGCUGUCGAUCUUGUCUCAAGACUACUUCAGUACUCUCCAAAUCUCCGAAGUACAGCUCUGGAGACUUUGGUUCAUCCUUUCUUUGAUGAGCUUCGUGAUCCUAGCACCUGCCUGCCAAAUGGACGCCCCUUUCCCCCUCUAUUCAACUUCAAGUCCCAUGAACUAAAGGAAGUGCCAGCAGAGAUGGUGGUCAAAUUGAUUCCAAAGCACGCAAGAAAGAACUGCACCUUCUUUGGGUCAUCAUGAGGUCAAAUCUGUUGAUAUCUACUCCCGGCAAGGAAAAUACAGUCUGCUGUGGAAAUUUAUAGCUAGAGGCCAAUUAUAAAGUGAUCAUAUGAUUCUUGUGUUUAUUUUGUUCCAAUGUUGAUUUGUGCCCUGUUUUUUCACAUCUGUCUUCUUCCGCCUUGCUUCUAUAAUGGAGAAUGAGAAGGUUCUGCCGGUAUGCUUGUAGUUAUGCUGACAUGUAAAUUAUUAACUGAUUACGUAUUUUAAAAUGUUGUAGAUGCCAAAGAAUUUCUCUUGAAACUAGAGUCUGUUACCAUUACUUAUC